GAUUGUUAGGAUGCUAACAACAUCAAAACACUGUAAAAUAAUCUGUAAUACUUAGAGUGAAGUGUGACAGGUUGAUAGGGAUCAGGGUAUCUAAUAUAAGGUGUUCACUUGUAUGUUUUAUUCAUGUAUUCCAAAAUAAAGGAAAUUAUAUUACAAAAUCACUACAAAAGGAAAUGGUUUCUAAGAAGAUUGGAAAUAAAAAACAACCAUUCAAAGAUUUCAAUUUCAUUCGAUUAGUGAUACUGAGAUAAAGCAUUUCGUAAAAAAAGUAACAAAAGAUGAAGAAAAUAACAUUCAAAUCUGAAUGUUCUAAUUUCAAUGUGUUUACAUACUGUUGUAAUAUCAUUAGGGUAAAAAAAUAUCAGACUAUUUUUUGUGUUUGUUUCUUGUUUGUGAUAUGCACCCAACUGAACAUUCAUGCGUAUUUAUAUGGAAAUCAAACUAAUAAAGGCCGGGAACUGAAUAUAGAAAAACCCAGUUUCUCAGUCUUAGGAAACAAUGAAGAUUUAAAUAAUAUAUCCAAUCAAAUACCUGCAAUUCGUUCCUUAUUUGGAAUUACUCAGGAUAUGUAUAGUAAUAGAGAACUCUCAGAUUUAAUGACUGAAUAUGAUAGGUUUGAAAAGGACAUUGCAACAAAGGAGAAUAUAUUUGACAUUAAGCCAGUUCAAUUUCUGAAACAUCUGACCAGUCCAUGCUGGAUUGGACGACUGGAUGAUGGAUUACAAGAAAUGGAUGAUUGUAUGUCAUGGACGAGUGACUCUGUGGUUUGUAAUUCACAGUUCCAAGUACGUUUGGACUUAAGGGAGAUAUGGACAGAACGCCAUAAACAAGGUACUCGAUGGCGACUACGCUGCUUGCCAUACUAUUACAUCCUCGGCUCUCCAAAAUGUGCAACAACAGACUUGCAUUUGAGGCUUGUGCAACACCCAAAUAUAUUGUCAUCUAGUGCGAAAGAGUACCACUUUUGGACCAAGAAUCGAUGGGAUAAUGAUAUUGGAAACAACAUGAUGAAACAUUUGAAACCUUAUGUUGAUGCAUUUGACAUGGUUGCUGAAAACAUUCGAGAAGAAUUCACAGAGAAUGGUAGAGAGGAACUCAUAACUGGAGAUGGGACUCCAUAUUCUGUCUAUCAUUACCAUGGUAACCUAGAUGAUGAAAACCACUUAACCCUUGAUGUAGAUUAUAUCACUCAUUUACAACAAGAUAAAGUGAGGUUCAUUGUCAUUUUACGGGACCCGAUUGCACGUUUAUAUUCCGAUUAUUUCUUCUGGAAUAACGUUGAAAUUGACGCUGACGAUUUUUCAUGCAGGAUUAAUUUUCAUUCACUUUGCAUCCAUGCAAUACGCUUGUUUGAAAACUGCUUAGAAAGGAACUCAGUGAAAUUUUGUGUGUAUCAUCAAGCAAAUGAAGAAGGUCUGGGUAAAGCAGGAAUGUUCAGGAUCACUGUUGGAAUAUAUUAUAUUUUCAUUGAAGAACUUUUACAAAGACUCAGUAUGAAAAAUCUUCUGAUUUUGAAAACGGAGGAAUAUUCGAAAAGUAUGAGAUCAACAUUUAGUGAAACUUUUCGAUUCCUUGGUGUACCUUGGGAGAAUUAUAUAUUUGAAAACUACCCAGCUAUUGUGAAACCAGGAAAGGCUAAUGUAAAUCAGGUUAGACAAGUUAUGCCCAGAAUGUAUCUUCAAACGACUCAAAUGCUGCAAGACUUCUAUGGAAAAUACAAUAAAAAACUCAGUGAUUUACUAGGAGGGGAUACCUUUCAAUGGGGAUAUUGAUAUCAUACUUCUUUCUAGAUUAGAAGGAAUACACCCUGAUUUCAUUAUUUAGUACACUACCCUGUACCCUCUGAUUAACAGUGAUGAUUUUACAGUUUUAAUAUUAACCAGUCAACAUACUCUCAUAGAACUGUGGUAUAUCAUGUCAGAGCAAUGCCUGUCUCUGAUUGACUGCCAUUUUAAAGGCCUAUCGGGAUCUAAGAGUAUAGGAUGAUCUUGAUACUCUUAAAAAGUGUAGGGAUUAUGUUAACCCAUCAAACCAUGGCAGUCGAAAGUACAGGAUUUGGUCACAUGAAUGAACUUAAGUUAAAAUGUUACUUUAUAAUGAACAAUGAUCAUGAGUGUGAAAAUGGUAAACUUUAUCUUAAGAUUCCCUGAACUAUAUGAGCCUGGCCAUAGGAAAACUGGUCUUAUCACAAAAAUGCCAAAAAUGUCCCCACAAUUAAGAGGAAAAUGUGCUAAAUUCAGAUCCAACUUUUUGGUCUAUAUAUGCAAGGAAAAAUUGUUAGGACAUAAACCAUGGCUCAUUUGAAAGGUUUCUUUGUGCUUUUUAAGAUAAACAAAAAAUCAGAAUAUUGUGAUAAGACCCCUACUACUAAAACUACAUGAUUGAUAAAUGAGCAGUUGUAGAAUAAGAAUAAAG